AUUCCCAGUGUGCAAAUCUAUGUUCAUCCGUGUGCAGAAGCCUUCCUCCUCCUCCUCCUCCUCCCCCAUCAGACGCGUUUGCAUAGCCUACUGGAAGCUCGUCACAAACGCUGGAAGGAAGGGAGCGCCACGCGGGGACGGCGACAAGGGUUUUUUUUUUCCUAAAAGACUGCAACAUAAUCCAUCGGGAGACCUGAUGCAAGCUCGGAGACAAAGGAGCAGCAAACCUGCCUGCUGUGGAGCUCGGAGCUGAAACAAGAAGCUUUAGGAGACUCAACGACACCGCGUUUUUACGCUUUUCUUUUACGCGCAACAACAGAAAACUUAAGGAGACGUUUCUAUAUUUUUUGAAUUGCUUUCUGUGUUGAAUACCUCGAUCGCUGCUGGAUCUUAAGCCUUUAACAGUUUCUUACCAAAUAUAGCCCCUGUUAAUGCCGGAGUGUCCUUGGCGGAGCUGAGCGCUCCUAAAUUGGAUAUUUCAAGCGCUGCCAAAGUUUAUAAUUAAAUUCUCAGAUUAAUUUGUGUCGUUAAGCUGUUUUUUUUUUUUAGCACCACAUUUUGUCUAAUUUGCACUCUUGGAUCAAUUAGUGUUUAUUUAUAAUCUGUCACGUUUCUUAACAUUUUCCUGCCUGUAGGGAAAAAAAAAAAAAAAAAAAAAAAAACCCUCUCAGUAGCCGGUGACUGCUCUCCACAGAAGCCAUUUUUAAGUCUUUGAUUUACAGUCAUUGAACACCAGCUGCUUGACCUGCUCCGGGCUGCAGUUUUAACCUCUGCACAUAUAUACACUUGUUUCCCCUUUAUUAUUCUCAAACCCUCCAACAAUGACUGUGUGCGCGUCUGGCUAUGGGCGCGGUGGAUGUGCGCCGUAUCGGGUUUUCCUCACCACCUACUGGGUGCUGCUGGUGCUGGCGGUGCUGGCGGUGAGCUGGGCUGGAGCCGAAGCUCAGCAGGCCAAGCCGACCGGAGAGAGCCCACCGACGGUCACCCUCAGUACCCUGAUCGCCGGGGCCUGCCAGGAGAUCCAGCGUUACGCGGAGUCGGUGGUGGGGAGCGGUGUGAUCCGGUCAGCUGCAGAGUUUUUUGAGAUGGUGAUCCGAGUCCUCGCUGAAGGAGCUGCCAGCGGCCUGAAUGUCAUCGCUGUUUACCUCACCGAGAUCCUCAGGGUCACAGGAUUUGAUGUUGCACUCACCUCGCCCUUCUUCACUCCAGAGGGUGUAGCCGCCAUCGCCCAGUGGGGUCUGGUGGCCCUCAUUGGCUACUGGGUGCUGACCAUCGUCCUCCGUCUGCUGAUUGGGGUGGUUAGGCGGGUGUUCUGGGUGGUGAAGACCGUCUUGGCGCUCUGGCUCUUCGGACUGAUCGUGACCGACAAGCAUGCCACUGCUGACGUCACGGCGGUUCGACUGGGCGGCCUGGUGCUGGCAUGCGUCCUGUUGACUCUGCUCACUUCUUGCUCUGAAAAGACUUGUGCAGUGGAGCACCGGCUGAGCUCCCUGGAGGGCCGGCUGAAGGCAGUAGAGAAGAAGAAAGUGGAAUAGUGGCCUGAUAGGGUGGAGGGAAAGGAGUUACAGAUGGACAAAGGUGAUGGUAAUGUCCGUUAUGGAAAGAGUAACAUUGAUGGUUUCUAUAUGCGUGUGUCAGACUAUAUGGGAAAUAAAGUAACCUCUGGGAUUUUUAAAUCAGAAAUAUUCUUUGUUUUACAUGAAGAAAAUGCCUAAUUAAUGAAAACCUCAUGGAUCAUUUCUACUAUAAUAUAUAACUGUAAUCAAAGACACAAAGGUAGUUGAGGGCUGCAAUAGCAAGACCAGUGUGCACAGAGGAUUUACAAGUCAGAGUGUAAACUGUAUAUGUUCUGUAGUGUCUUUUCCACAAUUGUAUAAUCAAGGCAAGAUUUUACAUAAUUAUUUAAUUCAAACAAUGUCACCAUGCCAACAUUCUCACGAUGACAAAGUUAAGAUGCUGAUUUUUAGCUGGUAAUGUUUACCAUGUUGUUUACCAUCUUAGUUUAGCGUGCAUAACAUUCAUUAAUUAGCACUAAACACCAAGUACAGCUCAGGCUGUUUAGUUUUGCAGGUCAUGCACCUGUAAGUAUGAUGGUGGACUUGGAUAAAAAGUUGGGGGGGGAAAAGUUAUUAGGAUAGAUUUUCCGGGCAUCAUUUAUUUGUACCAAAUGUCAUGAAAAUCCAUCCAAUAGUUGAGAUAAUUCUUUAGAUUAGCUUUGUCAGGGAAACUGGAACAAUCCAGUAUCAAGCAGUCAUCUUUUGCUGUCUCAGUUUUUACUCCUUACAAUCAACCAGUAUCUUCAACCCAGGCUGACCUGGGGCCUGUUUACAGCCUGUUAAGUCCCCUUGUGCCUGGUUGGUUCCCUGCUGCUCAUUUAGCUUGAAGCCUUGUUGAUCCUCCCGAGUUCACAUCAAUGGCUGUCGCCCCCACUGCCACUCCAGCUGAGAUGAACAACCUGACCUCACUGCCAGAAUAAUCACUCCUGCUUGCUCACUCUACAGCGGUAAAACUCACUUUCCUCCUACAAUUUGCUGUGACGGAGUGCAAAGUCGGACAGAUAUGAAUCCACAGUGAAACUAACCCACAGUGUCACCACCUCACUUUAUCAAAAAAUAAAUAAAUUGAGCUGAUUCUAGACUGAAAUGCAUUUACGAUAUGAUUAUUUGAUGAUCUAACUGUAAAAGUAAAAUACCUAAUAUGAAAAGACUGCAAAGUUUGCGUAAAUGGGGACUUUUACUUU